AUGAACCUUUGGAGAACAUUCCUGCUGAGUGCUGGGCUGAUUUUCUUGGCAGGGACAGCCUCAGGAUCACUUGUGAAGCCCCACGAGGGGAGCAUUGCUGGGGGAACAUGGAUUACCAUCACUCUGGAUGGCUCAACAUCCCACCAGGUAGAAUCUCUCUCUCCAGCCAGUGCAUCCCAGCUGGAGGUGUCCCUGGUGCAUCCUGACCUGCCCAGGCUGCCGUGUGAUGUCUCUCCUCUGUAUUUGGACUUGCCUACCAUAAGGUGCAGAACAAGGUCUUCACCCCAGGAGGGUUUGUACUACGUGGAGGCGAUCUUUAAAGGGCAUGUGAUUAACAACCUGACUGAGGUGGAGAAGGAAAACUAUUCUUUCAAGUUCUCAGCUGAGCAGACACCUGUGGUUUACCAAAUUAAUCCAUCAUCUGGCACCCCAGGAAAUUUAAUACAGAUUAAUGGGAAGACAAUUGCUGGCAGAUAUGAGACCCUGGACUUCAACGUGGAUUAUAUUGAUGGGCCAGCUUUUCUUACAUCAGGAGAUGGAUGGACCAGUCUCUGCUCUUUUGCUGACAGAAGAGCUGGAACCACUUACCCCAUUCAGGUGAAGGAUGGACUGGGGACCCUGCAGUGCCGGGUGGAAGGCAACCACAUAGGGUCCCACAAUGUCAGCUUCUCGGUGUUUAACAAAGGAAAGUCAGCAGUGCACAAAGGUGCUUGGCUCAUCAGUGCCAAACAGGAACUUUUCCUGUACCAGACUCAUCCAGAGAUAUUCUCCGUGUUCCCAGCUGGAGGGAGCCUGGCUGGGGGCACUGAUCUCACUGUCACUGGGGAUUUCUUUGAGGAGCCAGUGCAGGUCACUGCUGCAGGUGUUCCCUGUGAAGUCAAGCACGUCUCUCCCUGGGAAAUCAGAUGCACCACUGAGGCUGUUGGCGAGGGCAGGAGACUCGGAGCCCCCCAGCCAGGAAACAGAGGGCUUCUCUUUGAAGUCUGGGAUGAUGCCUCUGAUCUGACAGAAGCAGGUCCUGGAUACAGAUGGCAGUUUGUACCUAAUGCCAGCUCCCCAGUAAGGUUUCUGUCUGGGGCAAAGAAGUCCUUCAGCUCCAGACUCCGUGGGUUUUUUGUGGCUCCUCAGACCAACAAUUACACCUUCUGGAUUCAGGCAGAUGGUCAGGCAUCUCUCUACUUAAGUUUGUCCCAAGAUCCAAACCAGAAGGUGAGAAUUGCUUCUCUCCCUGCUGGCAACUCCGAGUGGUCUGAGAACUGGGUGAAGAACUGGAGUGAACUUUGGCAGCCCAAAUCCCAGAAAUUUGAGCUAACUGCUGGUUCAAGGUACUACCUGGAAGCACUGCAUCACGCCAAGACACCCAGCAAAGGGAUGAGAGUUGGAGUCCAGGUUCACAACACGUGGCUGGACUCCCGUGUGGUGAACAGCUACUACACCGAGAGGCACGAAAUUCGGGCUCGAGCCUCGCACCUCCCAGAAGUGCAGAUGUUGACUGUGUCUGGUACAGGUUAUUUCAGUAUCUCCUGGAACAACACCCUGAGAAUGAUCCCCACAAAUGCUACAGCCCACCAGGUGCAAGCAGCAAUAGAAGAACUCCUUUCAGUAGGAUGUGAAACUGAGCCAACUUCUGCUAAAAUCCUUUUCCACUGUGGUUUUGAGAAAGAAGGUAGGGAAAACAUCAUCACCACAGGACACGUUGUCAGUGGAACAGAGCCUUUCUGUGGGAGGUUCAGCAUCCACAGACCAAGCCAGCUGGUGAAAACUUCCCCACCAACACUACCAAGAUAUGACCUUACCAAAUACCCACAUGUGUGUUUUGCACAUAAAGGACACGUGAGCAACACCCUCCAUCUCUCACUGUCCUACACCAAUGUCUCUUCUUGUCCAGUGAGGAGAAACCUCACCUGCCAGUGGGACUUCAAUGAAACUGACUCUAAAAGCUGGACAUUUACCUGCACCAACCUCUGGAAGAGGUGUGUGAAUCUCUCUGUGCUUCUCCAGGACCUCCCAGCCAAUUCCCCAGUAUUUGUGCACCAGAUAGACUUGCAGAGCCCUGUGCUGCAAAAAGAAACAGCUGGAUCAUUUUAUCUUGAUGAGCUUAUCAUUGCUGACAGAGCUGUGAUUGUUUCUCAGAGAGACCCCAAACCCCCGUGGCCAGGGGGGAGGAUCAUUGAAGGAGUGUCGGUGGUGGGGUCUCCUCCCUCCUACAACGUGUCCUGGCGGGUGUCUGGCUGUGGUGCCAGUCUGCCUCUUCUCUCUCCAAGAGGUGCAGUGCUUGGGGAGGGCUCUGAGGGAUACGGACACCUGAACGUGUCCACGGAGGAUGUGAGAGUCAGCAUCACCAUCCAGAGGCUGCAGAAGUCAUCCCCACCUCUCGGAGGAACCUUCCACAUCCACUUGGCCAACACAGUGAUACCAGGUGUUUCAGUGCAGAUCUCUGCUCACCAGCUCCGCAGGCUUUUGCAGGACAAUGUGGAUAAUUUUACAGCUCCCUUCAUCAACACCAGUGACUUCACCGUGACCAGAGACUCCAGCUCGUGCUAUGAAAGUGUCUGGACACUGACUUGGAAAAAAACAGCUGGGGACUUACCCAAUGUUAUCAGUGUCUCUGCUGAAAACCUCACUGGCCUGAAGCCCACUGUUUCCACUCGUGUGGUUUAUGAUGGGGGUGUGUUUAUUGGACCAAUAUUUGGGGACAUGCUUGCCACCCUCCAUAACCGAACACAGGUGGUGGUGAUGGUGAACGAUGUCCUUGCAAACUGUUCUGGCUCGUGUUCUUUCCAGUUCAGCCGGGAAUUGACGCCCACAGUCAGAGAUGUGGAGUAUUCAUCAGGUGAAGGGUCCCAGGCCACAGUGGUUCUCAGGGGAGCUGGCUUUGGUGAGGAGCAGCUGGCCCUGCAGGUGGAGGUGGACAGGAGGAGCUGCCACGUCACAUCUCUGAAUCAAACCCAAGUGGUCUGCCAGGUUCCAAGGCUGCCGGUCGGGAUCUACCCGGUGACACUGCUGGUGACACCUCAUGGCUUUGCUCUCAGUGGCACCACAGGACAAGGGAUCUUCCUCACAGUCCAGCCAACACUGGGAGCUGUUGAACCUCCUUCGACUUCAGAGAUUGGAGGACUUAGAGUGACUCUCAGGGGGACCAAUCUGGAAGGGGUAAACGCAGUGUUGUUUGGAUCCCAGCCUUGCCCAAUUUUGGAGGAGGGCAGAAAUUCAACAAGAAUUCAAUGUAAAGUUCCUUCUCGGAGGGCAGAGGAUGCUGAUGUCCAUGUGACACUGAUUUUUGGGUACAAGUCAACAACAGUAACCAACUUAUUCCAGUAUGAUCCUUCCUUAAACCCUGCACUUGAAUCCUUGAGCAGGAACAGAAGUGGCAUAGCAGGAGGUGAGGAGCUUCACAUUGGAAUAUCCCGGUUUUCCAGCUACCAGGGCUCAGAUGUCAAGGUCCAAAUUGGGGACUCAUGGCCACAGGUCCAGGCACAGACAGAGUGUGGGGUCACUGUGACACUUCCAACCCUGCCUGCAGGGCGGUACAAUAUUUCUGUCCUCAUCAAUGGCAUUGCUGUCACUUCAAACAGGGUUGAGCCGUUAAUCCAGUACCUCUCUGAGAUCUUCAGCAUCCAGCCGUGUUGUGGCUCCAUUCUGGGUGGAACGCUGCUCACAAUCUCCGGAGUGGGCUUUAGCCAAAAUCCUGCCUUGAUUUCUGUGUCAAUGGACAAUCAAACCUGUACAGUUACUCACUUGGAAGAAGAGACAAUUUGGUGCCUGACCCCACCAGCUGUAAAUUUGUCUAAUGAAGAUUCAGGUGACAUCUCUGUCAGAGUAAAUGUAGCCAUCAGCAGUGGGUCAUUUCAACAAGAUCUCCCUGCAAAUAGGACCACCAUCUUUAACUACCAAAGAGCUUUGACUCCCCUCGUUACUGCUGUUGAAACAGAAAUCACAGAUGGCAGCCUGCUCCUGAGCAUUCAGGGAAUAAACAUCACUGGAUCUGUGGCUAAGCUUGGACACACUGAAUGUCAGCUUGAGUUUCAAUGGGGCAACCAGUCUGCAAUGUCUUAUCAGUGCUCUUUGCCACUGAACAGCCUGGAACCUGGGACUUUCCCUAUCCAGGUCAUCCAGAAGGAGCUGGGAUAUGCUCAAGUGACAGCAAGGCAGCAGGCCCUCACAGUAACUCCACAGAUAACCUCCAUAUUCCCAUCACAAGGAUCAAUCUGUGGUGGGAUGUUGCUCACUAUAUCUGGUAUUGCUUUGAAAUCCAGGAGGAAUUUGGUACAGGUCAGCCUGGAGAGUAAUUACUCCUGUGAGAUCCAGAAGUCUGAUAAUGACUCCAUCAGCUGUGUUGUCCUUCCAGGGGCCCACCCUUUGCACCCUCAGUGGCUGGCUGAGGCAUCUCGGGCUCUCCGUGUCACUGUGGUUGUCAAUGGGGUCCGCAGUGUGUGCCUUGGGGGCUGUACACUCCACCUUCGGGAGCACUGGACCCCCCUGGUACAUCUGGUGACCUGGAAGACCAACGGGACAUCCACCCACAUGACAAUCAAAGGACAGAGGUUGGCAUGGCAGGGUGACAGCCCCGUGGUACAGGUGGAUAACAGCUCUGCCUGCAAGGUGACUUUUUGGAACGAGACCGUCAUCAAGUGCCAGACAGCCUGCCUGGCCCCAGGGGAGCACAGCGUUUCCAUAUCCAGCAGGAUAAGUGGCCGUGCUUGUUUCAGAGGGACAUCCAGCCUUCUCACCAUCCUGCCUUGGGUGUACCAGUUUUACCCACGGGAUUUCAGCACCAAUGGGGGAGGCCUGCUCAGCUUAGCUGGGUUGGCUCUGAAAGGAAAGAGGAUGACUUCAGUCCUCAUAGACCAUCACCCUUGCCUCAUUCUCAACAUCAGCUGUGUGCUCAUCCAGUGCACAGUGCCUCCGGGGAAAGGCACGAGGGCUCUGAGUCUGAAAGUAGAUGGACACUCCUAUUACCUUGGAACAAUAAGUUACAGUGAGGAGUUCACCCCAGCUUUCCUUUCACUUGUUUCCACUGGUCUCCUUUUAACUUUGACAGUAUCACAGGUCACAGAGAUGGACAUUAUCCAGGUGUUUAUUGGAGAUUUUCCUUGCAGCAACAUCACCGUCAGUCACUCCACACUGCAGUGCACAGCUCCUCUGCUCCCUGUUGGAGACUACCCUGUGCUGGGCCUGGAUAUUCCCAGGGGAUGGGCUUCUUCCAACCUGACUUUCACUUCUCAUCUGACAGUGACAGCUGCACGUCACAACUGGGAUGGUUUGAAUGGAGGAGAAGUUUACUUGCAUGGAACUGGAUUUUCCCCAGGAAAGACUUUGAUCACAGUCUGUGGCACAAGCUGUGAACUCUUGGGCAAUAUGACCAUGACUGAGCUGAGCUGCCUUGCCCCACGCCUACGAGCCUCUUUGGCCGUUCUCUGUGGUCUGACACAUUCUUCUGCCAACUGCCAAGAGGACAGAGCCACCUUCAUUGAGUGUGACAUCCGAGUCCUGGUGGGCUCCUCCCAGCAGAGAGGGUCUGUGUCCUACUUCUACAUCUGUGGGGACACCCAGCUCCAGGGGCAUUUUGAUGGACUCCUUGCCAGCCCUAAAGUGGAAAGAGAUGAAGUUCUCAUCUAUAAUAGCUCCUGUAACAUUACCAUGGAAACUGAGGCAGAGAUGGAGUGUGAGGGAGCUAAUCAGCCAAUUACUGCCAAGAUUACUGAGAUAUGGAAAAACUGGGGCCAGAACACUCAGCUUGCCCUCCAGUUCUGCGGCCGGUGGGACGAGGACUCCAGCUGGCCUGCUGGCCACCAGCCGCGAGAUGGCGAUAAUGUCACGAUAGAAGGCGGCCGGACCCUGCUCCUGGGGACCGCCACCAAUGUCCUCAACCUGCUGCAGCUCAGAGGUGGCAAACUCCUGUUUACUGGGCCAGGACCUGUAGAACUGCAUGCUCAUUACAUCCUGGUGUCUGAUGGAGGAGAGCUCCAAGUGGGAUCCCCUGAGGCCCCUUUCCAUCACAAAGCACAUAUCUAUCUCUAUGGAAGCCUCCACUCUCCACCAUUAUUUCCAUAUGGAGUCAAAUUCCUGGCAGUGAGGAAUGGGACCCUUUCCAUUCAUGGCUGGAUGCCCAAAGUAGUUUUCACACACUUGAAAUCAUCAGCUAAUGCCAGUGACACACGAUUGGUGCUCCAGGAGCCUGUUGAUUGGCAACCUGGUGAUGAAAUCCUGGUGGGAAGUUCAGGCUUUGGAGAUGCAGAGCAGCAGGAGGAAGUGGCUGUUAUCCAGUCUGUGAACAACACGGAGCUGCACCUUAGAUCACCACUCAGGUACACCCACAGUGUUGGAGAGGGAUGGGGCAAUGGCCAAGGUCUGCCUUUGAGUGCUGUGGUGGCACUGAUCAGCAGAAGGGUUGUUGUUCAAGGAAAUGUCACACUGGAGAGGAUGUCCCACCUCAGGCAGUGUGCAAAUGCAGGUGGUGUCCUAGGUCGCUCUGGGUGUUUGUACAGGAGAAGUGAGAGGCAGCUGGGCUCUCGGGACCUGGGAGCCCUGCUGGUUGUGGAGGCCUUCCAGGGUCAGGUGAGCCGGCUCCAGCUGGAGGGGGUCCAAUUCCGCCACAUGGGCCAAAGGUUCCGGCACCACCACAGUGCCCUGACUGUUACUGGCAACACCUGGAUGGCAGCUCACUUCCUUCCAGACUCUUACAUCCGUGGGUGUUGCGUGCUGGACUCCUUUGGCCAAGGCCUUCGUCUGAGAGGGAUCUCCAACCUCAGUGUGGACAGCAACAUUUUCUACAACAUUUCAGGCCAUGGGCUUCUCCUGGGUGAGGGACUGGAAGAGAAGAACAAAAUCAGUAACAACAUAGUGGUUGGCCUUUCUGUAACUGAUGGUUUAUCUAAUAUUGAGACACUGUCACCAGCAGGAAUCUAUGUCAGGGCUCCUGCCAGUCACAUCAGGGGGAACACAGUGUGUGGUGCUGGGUAUGGCUAUUUCUUUCAUCUCUCCCCUGAGGGACCAUCCAAAGUGCCUCUCCUGUCCUUCAGUGAGAACACAGCUCACUCCUGCACAAGACACGGGUUAUUGGUAUACCCAGAGUAUUUGCCAGACAGUUGUGUUCAGCUCAACAACUUCACAGCCUGGAGCUGCCAAGGGGGAGCGCAGAUUUUCAGAAGCAGGAACCUUGAGCUCCAGCAUUUCUGGAUUUCUGCUUGCAAAGAUUUUGGCAUUGACAUUGUGGAAAGCCUGGGAAACACCUCUGUGUCUGAGAGUGUUUUAAAUGGACGCCUUGGGCAAAAGGAUAGGACCUGUAUGUCUGCAGGACUAAGGACUCCCAAAAGAUACCAGCUCCUCAUCUCCAACACAGCUUUCAGGAACUUUGAUGUGAACACUUGCACAGCAAUCAGGACUUGUUCUGGCUGUUACCAAGGGCAGGGUGGGUUUACAGUGACAGCUGAACAUCUGACCUUCACCAAUUCCCCUUUCCAAGUGUCCUUCCCCUUCCCUCACUCUGCCAUCCUUGAGGACCUUGAUGGCUCCACCACGGGACAGAAAGGAAGUCACAUCCUGCCUUCCACAGAUAUCCUGGCAGCAUCUUGCACAGCCAGUGCCAACUUCAGCCAAGUUUCUGGUGCCAGUGUCUGUGACAGUGACCUUGUUUUCCACCGUAUGGAUCUUCAUUUGUAUUUGGCACCUGACAUUCCCUAUAAUUUAACUGUGACUGACAGUAGGAAUAAGUCAAACACAGUCAAUUAUGUCCCUGAUACUUUAUCAAACCUGUAUGGCUGGAUGGUUCUUCUCUUGGAUAAAGAGACUUACACGUUGACAUUUGACAACCCUUUGGUCAGCAAACAGCUCCAGUAUUCAGUGACAUUUAGCAACUUCAAGGCUGGGAAUUACCUGCUGGUGGAACACAGGGAUCUUCCUGCCCAUCUUGAGGCUGUGGUGUCCUGUGGGACAAGGAGGGGACAGCCACUCCAGCUGGUACCUUCGUAUGGCCAACACAGGAGCUGUGAUUGGCAUCUUGACAGCAAGCUGGGGAAGUUCACCUAUCUGGUCACAGGAGAUGACUUAAUUCAGGUCACACUGAAAGAGAAGGAAAGAGUGGCUUUGCCUACCCCAGUUCCUUCUUGUGCUGUGUUGAAAUGGUCAUUCCCAGAAACGUGGAAUGGUGUGGGAAAAGGCUGGGGUGGAUCCAAUGGCAGCAUCCCAGGCCCUGGGGAAGACGUCAUCAUCUUGCCAAGUUCUUUGCAAUAUCCCCUAGAAAGGGAUUUAAAGCUGCUGUUCCUUCUUCGGGCUUCUGAAGGGAUUUACUGUGAUCGUCUGGAGGAUAUAAAUGUCCACCCAGGGAGUAUUGGAAUUUAUGGACAGGUGCAAAUUUAUAGUGCUUAUCCUAAGAUACCUUGGACACAUCUGGGAACUAAUGUUGCUCCGGGCAAUGAAAGGAUUUUUGUAGAGGAUGAAGUAGAUUGGGAUCAAGGUGGGGAUAUUGUGAUCAGCUCUUCCUCCUAUGAAGCCUACCAAGCUGAAGUAGUUACACUUAAAGAAGUCCAUGGUCAUAAUAUAAGAAUACAUGAACAUCUCCUGCACAGGCACAUUGGGCGUCCCCAUGACACAGAAGAUGGCAGAAGCAUCCCUUUGGCCGCGGAGGUUGGGCUCCUCACACGGAACGUGCAGAUCCAGUCGGAUGUGGCUUGUGCUGGGAGGAUGCUGGUGGGACACUUCACAGGCUCCAGUGGGAUGGAGUUUGAAGGUGCUCUUCAACUCUUAAAUGUUCAAUUUUUGAAUUUUGGGCCUCCUCAGCUUUCUGCCAUUGAAUUCAGGAAUGUAUCCCAGGGGUCCUCAGUGGUGUCAUCCAGCUUCAGUGGCAGCUGUGGAGCUGGCAUUAAAGCAGUCAAGAGCAGAGGAAUCUUGUUGCACGGUAAUGUGGUGUUCAACACCACUGGACCUGGCAUUGAUUUGGAAGGGAAAAAUCACUCCCUCACCAGGAGCCUUGUUAUUCUGAGCAGGCAGCCAGCAGGUUCAUUAAACUGGGUUGCUGGCAUCAAGCUGAACCUGGCCACUGGUGUCUCCCUUCAUGGCAAUGCUGUGGCAGGAUCCGAGAGGAUUGGCUUCCAUGUCAGGGGCCAGGACUGUUCACUAGCUGGAGAAUAUUGCAGCGGAAAUGUGGCCCAUUCGAGUCUCCACGGCGUUCACCUCUACCAGGAAGAUGGAUUUCAGACCUGCACUAGGAUCACAGGUUUUCUGUCCUAUAAGAAUUAUGACUAUGGUGUCAUGAUGCAUCCUGGAGGCAGCAUUAUUGUGGAAAACGUGGUGCUGGUGGACAACACUGUGGGACUCCUGGCAAUGGUGCACUGUGCCUACACUGAGCAAUGCUACACGGGGAAAACAUUCAUAGAACUUAAAAACUCCGUCAUUGUCGCAACAAGCUCGACUUUUGACUGCCUCAGAGACAGGAUCAAGCCUCACUCAGCUGAUCCAACAGCUCAGGACCGACCUCCACGCUACCCUCUAAGAGGGCGUGUUGGGAUUUUAUGGCCCACGUUUAGCACUGCUCCCAGCCAAAGGCCAGAGCAUCCCUGGCACAAAACUGGGUGUUGUCCAAAAGCCCUGGGAAUCAUGAAACUGAAAGAAGUCACCUUUACUGGUUUUACACAGAGCUGCUACAGUGAAGACAGGGAUGUCUGUAUCAUGUCAAAUGCUGAUCAUUUAGGCAUCAUGCCUCUCAUCACAGCAGAGACAUCAAGGAUGUUACAUGUCAGUGAGAAGGACAAGUUCUACUUUUAUCCAACAAGUGUACAAACCUCUGAAGACACCAUGCUCCCCGAAAAGAGAUGCAAAGGCUCAAGGAAAGCCCUUUUCAAGGAUUUGGAUGGAGGUGUCCUGCAUCUGGAGCCACCUGUCUCUGUUUUCCCCAAGUCAGAAUUUGAAUGGACACAGUUCUACUCAGAAGCUGGAAUUUACAGAGAUGACAGUAAGUGCCUCUUCAAGCCCUCAGUACAAGGCUACUUCUGCAAACAGACAGAUCAUGCACUUGUCAUCUUAGAAAACUUGGAUUCCAGCGUGGACAGCCAGAGGCUGUUCCCAGUGGUUACAAUGACUGGAAGCUUUAUGGACACCUUCACUGAUGAGACCUCACUUUCUUUGUGUCACCCUGAAGAGCAUCGUUCUGCUUUCUUCUCUGUUCUGCCCUCCACCAAACUCACCACGGUUUGCUUCCCAGACCUGGCACCUCUGGCUUUCCGACUUUAUCUUCUCAGUGGCCAAAACACAACCAGGCUGCCCCUCGCCAUAUUCUUCACUGAACCACUCAGCCUUCGUGUUUUCAUCCAAGGGAAUUAUGUCUCUCCAACCCCAUCUUCUUUUUCACUGAAUGCAGGGGCAGGAGCCAAUUACUUCAGCUUUGAGGACAACCUUCUCUAUGUUCUCCUCCAUGAGAAGGAACCUGUGGAAAUAGUUGCUGGCCUUUCCCUUCUUGUGGCUUUCACUGUAACUGAGGCUGCUGGGGAAGCGAGUGAGGCAACCAUAAUACGUCGAUUGGCUGAUUUCUUGAAGAUUGGUCAUGACCAAGUCAGAGUGGUCUAUAACGUGCUGGGAAGUGAAAGCACGUUGCAGGUAAUCUCAGCCAAUGCCAGCAAAAAGAGAUAUCACUGCCCUAACAUGGCCUUUUGCACAGCCUUUCAGAGCAGGUACAGCCCACAGGAAGAGGGGACACAGCCAGGGAGCACCCGGGCUGUGCAUCCACCUGAUGGGGCUGGUCCAUCAAGAGUGCUGAUCAUUGAGCUUGGUGAUCUGCCGGGUCAUCCAAGAAACGAGUUAACAAGUGACAGCCUAAAGAGUUUGGCCAGAACAAUUAUCAACACUCAUCAGACUGGAGACCUUCAGAGUGGCCUUGGCUUGCCAGUUGACACCCUAAUGGUGACUCAGUCUGCUUUGCUGUCCCCAAGAGAAGGUAACAGUAGCAGACAACAUUCAGAAACAUGCUUAUACAGGAGACCCUACAGCAUCUCUGUUCAGGUGCAGCCUUCAGAUGGAGAAAUCGAGAAGCAGCUUCCUGUACAGCCAAAAAUCAUUUUCCUGGACAGAAAGGGUGAAAGAAUUGACAAACUCGGUCCUCCUGCAGAGCCCUGGGUUGUAUCAGCUCAUCUCAAGGACUCCUCUGAGGCUGUGCUGAAAGGGCUCACCCAAGUGCAGGUCAUAGACGGAUGUGCAACCUUUUCCAAUCUGGCUGUCUCCAGCUCAGGAACAGACUGGAGACUUGUGUUCACAGUCACAUCACCUCCAGGGGUAAAGUUCACUGUGCUGUCCCAGCCAUUUGCCACCUUCCCUGUGCCCUUGAAAGCCAGGGCCAGCAUGAUCCUCGUUGUCAUACUGGGCUCAGCAGCAUCUGCAUUCAUCAUCGUUCUUUCCUUCUGCUGGUUCAGGAAGAGCAAAAGCAACAAAACGAGGACUGAACAGCCUCAUCUCCCACGGGACAGCACCAAGAGACCCAGUGAGCAAGCACAGCCUCCUGCAGCUCCCACCAAGCCUUGCUACAAUCAAGGACCAACCAAAAGUGGAGUGUCUGUAGCAGGAGAGAUGGAAGGAAGUGGAGCAGUGGGAGCUGCCACAGGACGUGCAGAGGAGCUGAACCUGCAGCCCUGUGAAGCCAAGUCAGCAAGAAAGCCAAGCACUGCCCAGCCCAAGACAGGGGACAGACACACCUUUCCCUCAGCCAGGAAAAGUGGCAGUCACCAGCAGCCCCGUGGAGGAAGAGUUCCUGGUGACUCUGAGGAGCUUCAGCAGCCAGCAGUCCCGGGGUGCUCCAGCCCGGAGGAAAUGCCCCAAACUUCAGCUGGGUACAGCCAGGAAGGAGAGAAGCCCGACAGGCUGCCCCAACCCCAGAACGAUGUCAGAGAAUGUGUUGCCAUGGUGGCAGCAGAGGGGUGA